GUGAGCUGUGAUUGGUCACAGCUUGUCACAUGGUACAAGCCUGUUGUGAAUAGGCUUGUACCAUGUGACCUCUGUGAUCAUUCACAGAUUUCACACGUAGUAAGCAAUGAUGUCACAAGUGACAUCUUGCUUACUACUUUGCAUGUGAUCACUGAUUGGCCAACCAGUGAUCACAUGAUUGGGACCUCGUACAGAGGUCCCGUCCGACGAUCAAUGUUUCACUGGGAAGUAUGUCCUGGAAGUCUGUAUAGCUCACCCUGCACUAUACAAUCUGAUAGUACAAUCUCCAUUAGAUCUACCAUCAACUAUGUAGUGCAAAGGCCUACCUGA